AUGGCAAACACAAAUCCCAAUCACAACAACAACACGUCCACCACUUCCUCCUCGCGCUCUGCCCUGCGCCGCCUGCGCAAGCAGUCCUCUGCCUCCACCACCUCCUCCUCCUACAACUUCUCAGAGAUCGAGCUCCGCACCAUAGUCGAUCGCAUCCUCUACCCGACCUCGGUAGAGGACCCCGUCACGCGCACUCCGCUCUUCAUCCUCAACUCCACCGCGCUCCCUUCCCCGCGCGAUGUCUCCUACAACCUCCUCCUGCCCCAUCUCCUCGAAGUCGUCGCCCGCGUAGACUACUCUAUUGUUUUCUUUGCCGGCGGCGCGCGUCAUCGUCCCUCGUGGGCAUGGAUGAUCCACACUUACUCCGCGCUCGAUCGCGAUCUGCGCAAGCGCCUUAAGAGGCUUUAUAUCGUCCACGAGAACUGGUGGGUGCGGACAAUCAUGGAAAUGGUCGCCGGCGCCGUCUCGGGAAAGUUCCGCAAGAAAGCCGUUCAUGUUCCGAACCUCUCAGCUCUUGGAGAGCAUCUCGACAUCCGCUAUCUCUCGAUCCCUCUUGCCGUAUACAUGCACGAUCGCAAGCUCGAGCCCAGCAUCUCGUUCGAUUCACCUCACUCUGCUCUCUUUGCCCACGAUCUGCCUUCAGGCGACGUCGUACCCCUUUUCUGGAAAGAAUGCAUCGCCCACCUUUCCGUUGAGGGUCUCUACACCGAAGGCAUUUUCCGCGUUCCGCCGCGGACUGAGGAACUCGAUAUCCUGCGCGAAGCAUUCGACAGAUGCCAGCAGGUGAAUUUGCAUGAAUACUCUCCUCACGCGGUCGCAUCAGUGCUCAAGCUCUUCCUUCGCCAGCUUCCCACUCCGCCUCUUCCGCUCGAAAUCAGGGAGCAGCUGCCUGACUUCCAGCCAUCAAGAGAGAACACGAUCCAAGCGGCGGCGAUGCUACCGCUACAGACUGUUGCGCUGUUUUCUCUUUUCAUUCCGUUGCUCAGAGAUAUUGCGCUUCACGAGCGCAGCACGCGCAUGUCGGUCCUGAACCUCGCGCGCACAAUCACGCCGUCGCUGAUCCGC